AUGAAGCCAAGGAACAGCGUGGGCAGCUCUCCGUUGGCCAGCCCCAAGAACUCGCUUGAGGAUUGGGAGAACAGGCUGAUUGGCAAGACGCUCCAUGCCACUGACACUGGUCCAACUACGUUCUGCAUCAAGGAUCUUCCGGGAGAAAGGCGGAUCAUUAAACCCAACGACGCCACGACCGAAGAUUAUAUCGAAGAGAGGCUGAAUGUCACUCAUCACCACCACCACCACCAGCACAAUGAAAAGGACGCCUUGACAGCGAUGCCCUCGCACACCGACGACGAUGAGAGCGAGACACCGUUUCCCACGCUAGACCUUCAUGUCUCCUCCCGGCUCGCCAGCGGCCUCCUCUCGCCCGACGAUGCCUUUCCCCCGCCCCAUCGCGCCCCCUACGCUGGCGACAGCGCGAGCGAGCUGGGACGACCGCGCCUGCGGAGGCUACACAGCGACCAGGGUGGCAGCAGGCGGCGCAAGAGGUCCUGGAAGAAGCUCAUGUGGGUGAAGCAGUCAUACCCCGACAACUACACCGACCAAGCUACCUUUCUCGGCGACCUCCAGCGGAACCCACGCCUCAAGCCGUACGACUUCUGGCCCCUCGUUGCCGACUCGACCGUCAUCCUGCAGCACGUCUGCAGCGUCAUCAUCUUCGUCGUCUGCUUCGCCUUCAUUUUCCAGGACCGCGUAUCACCCGUCUCCAUCGUGAGCUGGAGCAGUGGCGCCACCGUCGCGGGCUGGUUCGUGUGGGAGUACUGGGUGUCUCGCGAAGACCAGAACGAAGACCCCUCGUCCCUGGGCACGAGCGUCGCGACCGUUGUCGUGGGCCGGAGCGGGAGUCUGAACAGACGCAGAACACGGGCGGCGAGCAUACGUCGUCAAACGCCCCUGCGCAGCGAGUCCACGGCACGAUACCCCCCUUCGGGCCUCUCCGCGCCCCCGACCAAACUCUCCUUGACAGACGUGUCGGCCAACAGCUCGACGAGUAAUCUCUCGUCGGCAGGUCGGCCGCCGCCGACGACAGUGUCCACGCCCAGCCUACGCACGAGGUUGAGCCACGAGAUGCUGUCGUCGCCCAGUGAGACGAUCCCCCCCUUCAACCCGGGCGAGAUCAACCAUUUUCACGAACGUCUUGGCACCCUCAAGUCGUCGGCGCUCAUCUACUCGACCCUUCUCGGCCUCAGCCCCAUCCUCAAGUCGCUGACCCGGUCGACGAGCAGCGACAGCAUCUGGGCCAUGUCCUUCUGGCUCCUCGUCAUCAACAUCUUCUUCUUUGACUACUCGGGCGGCGUGGGCGCCAAGUUUCCCGCCUCCCUCUCGACCAACGCUGCGCUGAUGGCCUCGACCGUGCUCGCGAGCCGUCUCCCCUCCACCACGCAAGUGUUCAGCCUCACGCUCUUCUCGAUCGAGGUAUUUGGGCUCUUUCCCGUGUUUCGGCGGCACGUCCGUCACCAAUCGUGGCAACUCAACGUCGCGCUGACCAUCCUGCUCGUCCUGGGCGCGGGCUUGGGGGUGGGUCUGGUGGUGCGGCAAAGGGAAGAUGGCGGCUGGAACUGGACGAGCGGCAUUGUGGGCAUGGUGAUCAGUGUGCUGUUGGCCGUUGUGGGCACGGGGGGAUGUAGCUGGUGGCUGAUUGGGUUGCAAAAGUAUAAGAACGAGAUCCGAGGACCGUGGGAUCCUGCGAGGCCGAUUAUAAUGAACCGGCAGAGGUGGGAUGAUAAGUAG